AUGCAUAAUUAAUUACUAACUAAUAGAUCAAAUAUCAAAUCAGAUCGUAUUUCCAAGAUCUUAUCAGCAUACACUGUUGAUAAUGAUAAACAAAAUCAAUAGAGUUUCAGAAUGUUAAGCUAAAAAAUUAAGAGGAAAGUACUUAUAUCAGAUAUAAAAAGAUAGGAAAUCAAAUUAGCGAUCAUCAAUCUCUCUAUCCUAAAUAAGAUAACAAAGAUAAUAAAAUUGAAAUCUCUAAAUUUUUUAGUGAUCAUAAAAAAACAUAAAUCUAAAUCAGUGUUAAGGAUUUACUCAUGCAUAAAAGUUAAAUGCAAAAAUCAUAAUCUAAAAAAUCUAGAGAUUCCAACCAAAGAUAAAAUGAAAUCAUUGAAAAAUUGAAUAAGACAUAAAAUGAAAUCUAUAAGAAUUACAUUGCCAAAAGAGAUUCUAAUGGAUCAAAAACUUAUAGAGACUCAAGUAAUUACAGCCUCUCUACUUAGGGGAUUUGGAUAUCCGUAUCAAGUUGAACGACAAAAGUACGUUAUCCCAAUAAGCCCUACUCUAAACGCUCAUGAAUAAGAGUAAUGAAAAAAAAUCAGUUGAACCAAGAGAUUCACCAGAUAUAUGUAGGACACCAUAACAUAAUAUGCUACAAUCGACUAUUCAAAAUAGCUUACUUAUACGAUCAGGAAGCCAGGGAAACGUUGCUAGCACCUCUAAAUUGCAUUCUAAAAUGCCUGAUUCCAAACUUAAUAAAAUUAAAAACUAUCUUGAAUAAGCUAAAACUCAUCGACCAAUCACUGAUUCUUAUAAAUUAAGCCAGGAAAUUGAUAAAUAAAAAAAAAAUAAAUUAGUUUAGGUUGAAAGAAAUAAACUUCUAUCCAUCCUUAAAAUUGCAUAUAGAGCUAAAAAUAAAAUAGAUCAAUUUAAUUAGUAUUUAAAAUAAUAAGAAAAAAUUUCAUCUGGAAUUUAGAGUUUCAUUUUUAAUGAAUGUAUUUAUUCCAUUUUAUUUUAGUAUCACCUGAAAAUAGUAUUGAAUCAAUCUUAUCUUUAGAAUGA